AUGUCUACAAACAACUCGAAGAAAAACACCAAGACGGCCCCCCCAAAGGCCACGCCUGCCUUACGUUUUGGCGUAGAGAUUGAGCUGAUCGUAAAGAGCAAGACCAAGACUCAUGCCGACUUCCCAGGCCUAGCCUUGGAGCUCCAGACUCAUCUCGCCGCCGCCAGAGUGUCAAGCCACAUUGGUGAUGUCCUUCAGAAGGACAAAGAGAAGUACCAGGAUUGGAACAUCACCGAGGAUAUCACCCUAACGUCGGCCCCCCAGCGCAACGUUUUUGGAGUUGAGCUAGUCUCCCCCGUUUUUCUAUUCAAAAACCAGGACGCCUGGAAUAGCGAGAUUCGUAAUGUAUGGAGAGCACUCGAACGAAACUUUGACGUCCAGGCGACUACUGAGUGCAGCACCCAUGUCCACAUCUCCCCUGCCGCGGGUCCCUGGGCCCUCGCCCAACUGAAGAAUAUUGCAAGGACCACUGUCAUUUUAGAACGGUGUAUCGACGCCGUCAUGCCAGGCCACCGCCGCAUCAACCCGUACUGUAUGAGCAACCGGUAUAACCAGGGGUACAAAGAGUUUGAAAUGUCCCUCAUCUGCUCGGACAUCAAUAAAGCAAAGAACGAAAAGGUUCUCGCACGUCACAUGUGUUGGUGCUCCAAGAACACGUUGCAGGGCGCGAUUACCGGGGCCACCAAGGAUUUCGUGCACCCGCACUUCCGGUGGAACUUUACCAGCGCCCUGAGCAACAAGCAAACGAUCGAGUUCCGCCAGCCACCGGGCUCGCGCAGCGCCCUCGACACCAUCCUAUGGGUGCUGUUCGCCACAUCCCUCGUACGCUGGGCGGUCGUGGGAGCCCCGGCCCUCGACCCGGAACAGCCUGCUAGGCUUGAGACCCUGUACUCGGCCGUGAAGACUGGCGCCGAGAAGAACAUGGUGAGGGACGUGGAUCUCCUAAUGGGGAUCUUCCGGGGCGUAAAGCAGCUCCCGGAGGGCCCGUCCGACUUGAAAGGUGUAUCGGCGGCCGAGUAUCGGAAACUGGAGGCCGAGGCCGUGAAGAAGGGAAUGGCUUUCGAGAAGUACAAGAAGCUCGUUGCCUAUAAAUGAGAGAGGUGGGUCGGCGCUGAGGAGUUCGACACCCCCGACGCGGCUAGUGUCAUUGUAACCCAAGAGAGAAUCCGAGGUCGCCAUUGAGCGAGGGCUGGGAGGAGGGAAGGGUAAAGGAGAGAUAUUAGAGCACAAAUGACCAAAUGCCAACAACAACUUGCCCAUCGCAGUGUCUCGGCCAAGAGCUUUUGCUACAUGCCCUUGAUGUUCCGGUUGUU